GUGAUUCGCACAUUACACUUUAAAUAAGGAGUCAGGAAACAAUGAAACUACUUAGUGUUCGUUUUGUCAUUGAGAAGAUUACAUCAUGAUUUACCUACAUCAUACCAUUUUCCUUUUAAUUAUUUGUGCUUUCAGCUUUGGAGUUGAAAUAGAGCAAUUGCCUUCUCCUCGAAGUUUGUGUGGAGAAGGGCCACAUUGGGAUCAAGCAACUCAAAGUUUGUAUUAUAUUGACAUCGAAGGACCCGAAGCAACUAUUCUGCGUUACGAUUAUGGCGAGAAUAAAACAUAUGGGGCAACAGUAGAAAAUGUUCCAUUGAUGACAUUUGUUUUACCGAUUGAAAAUAGCAUCGAUGAAUUUUUGGUUGGUGGACAGCAUACUGCUUCAGUUAUUAGCUGGGAUGGCAAAUCCUCCAAGGGUGAAUUUGUUCGGAACGCUUUUGAAGUUGAAACAGACAAGUACUACGAUACUAAUCGAUUUAAUGAUGCCAAAUGUGAUGCAGCUGGAAGAUUUUACGGUGGAACACAGCGUAAGGGAAGUUGUGGAGGUCCGUUCACUGACGUUGCAAAUGCGUCUUUUUACACUUUCGAUCAUGAAAAUGGUGUAAAACAAUUAAAACAAAACGUUUUGAUUUCAAACGGUCUGACGUGGGUAGGCGAUAAAUUUUACUACAUCGACUCAUGUACACACGAUAUCAAGGAAUACGAUUAUAAUAGCGUGAAUGGUGAAUUAUCAAAUGAGCGUAUCAUAUUCACGCUUAGAGAGAACGGAAAAGUACCAGAGUAUAUAUUUGAUGGUAUGACUAGCGAUGUUGACGGAAAUUUAUUUAUAGCCACCUAUGAUGAUUACAAAGUAAUGAAAAUCAAUCCAAAAAGUGGCGAGCUGUUGGCUGAAUAUAAACUUCCUACUGGUCAAGUUACCUCGGUUGCUUUUGGAGGACCGAAUUUGGACAUCCUUUUUGUGACAACGGCAUCGAGACGGACUCAACAGCCCGAAGCUGGUCAUUUGUACAAAAUCACUGGCCUCGAAACUAGAGGCACGUCUGGAGUUAAAGUCAAACUAUAAGAAUUUUUUUAUUGGUGUCUACAAAGACAAAUACUUCCAAAAUCCUCUUUCAUUGUCAGUUUCUUGCAUUAUAUAAUCCACGAAUCGAAAAUGAUAAUUUUUAUAACUCAAGUCAAGAUUAAACUGUUUUGUAAUAAAAUAAUAAUAAUAUCUCC